GGCAACGGUUGACACCUGGCGGGGAGAGACGAGCAAGAGACUGGCACCCCACAUAUUGCUGUAUUUCCACUAAUAUGUGCAUUGUAUAGCGACUUGCAAGUCAAUGAUGGGAUGACAGACUGAGGAGCUGAGGCUGUGAGAUGCCCUUCCUGAGGUGACCCUGCUGACGUGACAUGGCCCCUGACAUCGCCAAGGACUCCCACGACCCUGACCUCAGCAGGAGGAGGCUGGCGGUUAUGAAGGUGGUGGACAAACUGCUGGAGGAGGGGAAGGAUCUCGCCUCUUCCCUGCUGGAUCCCCGCAGUCCCCACCCCCUUGCAGACUACCAGGCAGUUAACAAAGUGGUGGACAUCCUGGUGUCACUGCGGCCAACCAUCCACCACCGCCUGUACUUCAGCCCCACCCUGCAGUACCUUUAUGCCUCCCAGCUGGCCCGGCGCUCUGGCUCGGGGGCGGCAUCAGGGGAGAGUGUGGAGGCAGUGGAGAGGCAGCUGACGGAGGCACAGAGGGAGAGAGAGGCGGCACUCAGCUCACGAGAGGCACUGGUCACAUCCCUGAGUGCCACACUGACCUCCCUUGACUCUCAGGGCUCCCAGGCUGUGCUCAAGUGUAGGCGCGAGGCAAGGAGGGAGUGUGAGGAGGUGCGAGGGCAAAGUGAGGCCAGCCUGGAGCAGCUGCAGGGAGGUCUGGCAGCUAGCAGGCAGGCACAGCAGCAGCAGGCAGAGCGACACAGCCACGAUGAGGCACUCAUGAGAGAGAGGAGGCAGCAGCUGGAGAGAGAGAUGCAGCAAGUGAUCCAUAAGUAUGAUGCCACCAUGAGUCGUCUUCAGAUAGAUCUCGAUGGCCUCAGGGACGACCACGCCUCCCUCAUGCUGAAGCUGGAACACAAGACAGAAGCGCUGAACAUUGUGGAGAAGAGAUAUUGCUCUAUCUUGGAGGAAAAGCAGCGGGCGGAGGAAGAAAGAUUGGCAGCCAUGCAGGCUGAGUUCCGGCGGGAGCACGCGGCACGCACCAUUCAGCGGGCAUGGCAGCACUACAAGAUGAGGAAGAUGCUGAAGAAGGCACAAAGGAAGAGGAAGAAGAAGCCAAAAGACCUGAAGGAAGGCAAAAAAUAGAGGUAGAGAGAGAGAGAUCAUUGAGUUUUCAGUUUAUAUUCCUGGUGUAGUCUGGUGUAGAUGGUUAAGUGGGAAAUAGAGGUGUUGAUGUGUAAACUCUGAGCAGGAAACGUCUACAGUUCCUGCUUGAGUUGUGUCAAAGGGAGACUGUUUCUGUAGCCAGGAAGUUUGGGACUCACUGGUACAGACACAUCCAGCAAGACUCUGUAGGUGGGAAUCCUGUCCAUCAAUUUAUUCAUAUACUAAUGGGAAGGCUAACUUGAUUCUAUAAGAUAAGAAAAAAAAAGCAGAAUACCAGACUUAUUUAAACACUACAAAUUAAUAUAUCUGCUGUGUUUUUUUUCUGUCCAUUGCAUUAUAACCAGAUAUAUAUUUUUUUAUUGUAUCUUCUAAGUUGGUGUCUUGUACUAAUCUAAUUACAUACACCGCCCACUAUUAUGUACCUAAGCACCAAAAAUUAAUAUAACUGAUGGGUACUCUUGUGAGUUUUAUAACUUUGUACAUUUUUCAACUGUAACCUCUAGGAAAUAUGUAAUAACCUUAUUUAAGUACAUACAUAACUCAGUAUUAUAUAAGCUGGAGCUAUAAGAUCAUGGAACCAGUGCAGAGAGAGAGAGGAGGGGGUGGAGGGGCAUAUAGCCAGGUGUGAAUUCUUUUAGUUGAUCCCCUUCUGCAAGUCAACCACUGUGCUGCAUGUGGAAACUUUUACUGCCACUAAGUCCACCAAGGCUGAGAUGAAGCUCCAUUUUGCAGCUCCAAUUUCCAUGUGCUGUACUGUAGCCAUGUCAUUUCUACUUACCUCAUUAAAUUUUACAUGUAUGUAUUAAUAA